CUAUAUUUGGCAUAGUUGGCUUAGACACGGAUACCGCCUUUUGCUCCCGCGGGCCAGCCGAAAGAAAUGAGAGAUUUUCCAAGAAAAAAUAAGAACACGGCGAAAUUGAAAGAUUCCACCGACGUGCUGCUGCCACAGCUCAUCUUCACUCUUUCCUCACUCCCAGUCCCAGAUCUCAGUGAAUAGCGUCCUUCAAUCGCCGUCACCGCCGACCGUACUCACCGCCGGAUUCUCGAGUGACAUGAAGCACUAUGGAUUACGGAGGAGGAGAGUGUCCUUAACUUCAGUACUCGCUGUCGUCGUGCUCUUCACAGCAACCGGCUUGCUUCUCCUCACGCUGAGAUCGGUCGAUCCUCCACCGUCUAGCCCCGGCGGAUUCCUCCCAGACCUCGACGGAAGAAGAGUAGAAACGAGAGUCUCCGGCGAUGAUUCCAACUCGCUGAUGAGCAGUCCGGCGAUUAAGCAGCUGGAGACGGGAACGUUACCGGAGCGCAAUCGAAAUCGUGCGCUACGGUCGAGGAAAUGGGGGAGAGCUUCGGGACGGCAGCCGUGGAAGGAGAGUUUGAGAGUGAAACGGAUCAUUCGGCAGCACUUCCUCAUCAACGGAGCUUCAAGAAUCAGAGAUCUGCCACCAGAGGAAUUCUGCAGACAUGGUUUUGUGCUUGGGAAAUCUUCAGAAGCAGGGUUUGGAAAUGAGAUGUACAAGGUGUUAAAUAGUGCAGCAUUGAGCAUAUUGUUGAACCGUUCCUUGAUUAUUGGGCAAACCAGGGGAAAAUAUCCUUUUGGGGACUACAUAGCCUAUUCUAACCAUUCGUUUACACUGAAUGAAGUCAAACAUCUAUGGAGGCAACAUGGUUGUGUCAAGAAUUAUGGAAGGCACUUGGUUAUUAGGAUUGAUGACUUUCUGAAGCCUGCUAAAACAAACGUCCUCUGCAGCAAUUGGAGGAAGUGGGAACAGCCUAUCAUAUGGUUUCAGAAUACAACUGAUGCUAUGGGCAGCCAGUUUUUCCUGAAAAAUGUGUACCCCGAGAUGAGAAGUGCUGCUUAUGACUUAUUUGGACAGCCGGAACAACUUCAAUCUCGGCCUAAUGUUUUCGGGGAGCUAAUGGCAUUCCUUAUAUCUCCAUCAGCUGAGGUUAAGGAGGCAGUUGACGUGGUGCUUGCUGGUGGGCCGGACCCCGAUAUUUCAUUGCACAUGAGGAUGCUCAUGAACAGGCCAGUGAGAGCUGUGCAGGCUGCACUGAACUGUGUUCAAAAAGCCAUGCAUAAUCUACAGAACAAACAAAGACCCAGGCUGGUUUUGGUCUCUGAUACACCAUCGUUUGUGAAAAGCCUUCUUCCUAACAUCAGUGAAUUUGCAGAGGUUCUUCAUUUCGAUUAUAAAAAGUUCCAAGGAACCAUACCUCGCGAUGACAAGACAGUACAGAAGAAUCUAGAUUUUAGAGUGAAGGAUUGGGGACCUGCACCGAGAUGGGUUGCAUUCGUCGACUUCUUUCUCGCUGCACGUGCCAAGCAUGCCGUCAUCUCAGGUGCACACAGGCGCGUUGGGACAACCUACGCCCAACUAGUGGCAUCACUCGCUGCAGCCAACCAACUGGGGGAAAACCAUACGAACCCAAGCUUUUCAUUCCUGAGCAGCUUCCAGAGCAAUCUGCUGACGAACGGCUUGAGGAUGCAGGUCGGUUGGGGCCACGUCUGGAACCGAUUUGCCGGUCCAUUGAGCUGCGAGAACCAGACCCAUCAAUGCGCUUUCACGCCUCUCUCUCCUCCAGCUUGGUGGGAUGGUCUCUGGCAGUCUCCUAUGUCGCGAGACGUCCGCAGACUAUCCAUGUAUGGAGUCUCCGUCUCUGGCCUAGGCACGGUAGACGAGAGUGCACUCAAGUCUCACUGUGCUUCCAAGAAAACCACUGUGAGAACAGUUAUGCUGAUUUAGUAAAAGUAAAACCUCUCCCCCGUCCCAGUUUUGGUAGAUGACUGAUAGUUGAAGUAAUUUGCUAGAAAAUUAUGUGCCAUUAGUUCAAGUGUUGCUUUAGUUUUGAUUAUCUGAAAUUGGAAGACACGGCUUAUUGGUUAUUGUUUCUAGCUAUCCAAUUAUCCUCAUCCGAGUUUGUUAUUAUUUCUGAUUAUUGUAAAUUGUAUCAUUAAUCAACAGCAUGUUAUCAGGCUUAAGAGAUUGCUGCUCAAGCAAUCUCCCAGUAGAAGUCUUUUAGAAGGAGCAAAAGAAAUUAGAAUAUAUAAAGCGUCUAUCUUGUUUAAGGGGUCCAGUAGCUUAUAUACGGGUGCAGCAUAAGCCUCCUGUAGCUCACUGACUUUUUCCGCCC